AACGCACCGCCAUUAGAGAAUGCGGUUCUUCCAUAAGUACGCUUCAUAGCUCUAAGUUGAGAAUUACGAGUGACUGUGGUGGUAGACGUCGGCCAUCGCCGCGGGUGUAACUCGCGUAACUCGUAGGUAUAACUUCACGAUAUCGCCGGUAGUCCCCAAGUUGCCGAGCCGUUCCCGCCAUUACGUGUUCUCACACCCAGACGUUGCGUGUACUUUUGCGUGUGCGGUGUGCCUUGAGCAAUUAUAGCGUCGCUAUUCGCAUUUGUGAAGGACGCCACCGGGCACGAUGACCGAUAAUCAAUACAGCGCCUACCAGCAGCAGGGUUAUGGCCAGUAUACCCAACCUCCACCUUCUGGAGGGCAAGAUACAUCAUAUCCUCCACCUUCAGGCGGCAGUACCAACUACAGCCAGUAUAGUCAACCACCGCCGAGUAGCAACACUUAUGGAAAUUAUAGCAACUAUAACCAAACUAGCGGAACUGAUUAUACUCAAGCCCCGAGCCAAGGAGGCUACAGUCAAAACAGCUAUGGGGGUGGAAAUUCCGGAUCUGGUGGUGGCAGUAAUUAUAGCUCUGGCUAUAACCAGGGAGGAGGAGGUGGAGGAGGAGGAGGUACUGGAGUAAGCGGAGGAGGUAGCAGUGGUUACAAUAGAGGUGGAAGUGGAGGCGGUUACGGAGGAGGUCAAGGAGGAGGCAGUGGAGGUGGAAGUGGAGGUGGAGGUGGCGGAGGUAGAUUUGGUGGAGAUCGCGGUGGAUAUGGGGACCGCUCAAGCAGUGGUGGAGGGGGAGGAUACAACAGUGGCGGUGGCCGUGGUGGUUAUAACAAAGGGGGCUAUGGUGAUCGCGGCAGUGGCGGCGAAGGGAUGGUUGUUCAAGAAGAUACAAUAUUUGUUUCUGGGAUGGAUCCUACCGUGACGGAAGACGAAAUAUGCGAACACUUUGGUGCGAUCGGAAUUAUCAAGAACGACAAACGAACUGGGAAGCCAAAGAUAUGGAUGUAUAAAGACAAAAAUACAGGUAAACCAAAGGGUGAAGCAACGGUGACAUACGAUGAUCAGAACGCGGCUCGCUCAGCAAUAGAUUGGUUUGAUGGCAAAGAGUUCAAGGGUUUUACCAUAAAGGUGCAAAUCGCACAGCACAAAAGUAAUUGGCAAGGUGGUCGUGGAGGAGGUGGCGGAGGUAUGGGCGGCGGUGGAGGUCGAGGAGGAGGUCGAGGUCGUGGAGGUGGUUUUGGUAGCCGCGGAGGAGGAGGUGAUAGGGACGACCAUUCGCGUGGAGGUGGUGAUGAUCGACGUGAUGGUGGCGGCCGGGGAGGAGAUUGGAGGUGUCCCAAUCCUGAUUGCGGAAAUACAAACUUCGCUUGGCGUGAUCAGUGCAACUUGUGCAAAAGCUCAAAGCCUGAGGGCGCUGGUGGAGGCGGUCGCGGAGGUGGUGACCGUGGAGGUCGUGGCGGCGGUGGCUUUCGAGGAGGAGAUAGAGGAGGCCGCGGCGGAGACAGGGGUGGUCGAGGUGGAGGUUUCCGGGGAGACAGAGGUGGUGGACGUGGAGGUCGAGGUGGACCAAUGCGAGGUUCCGGCGGUCGUGGGGACAGAGAUAGAGACCGUCAACGUCCGUAUUAGAUGUAUGCAUGAACAAAAGAAGAGCGUCUCAAACAAAUGUGCAUACAUUCGACGCACUCGUGUGUGUAUUUGACACAAGAUAAAGAUCGUGUAUUUGACCUGUGCAACAUGCAUUUUAUUUACUAACACUUUUGUACUCAUGUUAAAAAUGGUACCCGACGUGCAGUGAAUUUUAAUAAACCAUAAGACUAGUUUGUAAAUCUCA